GCAGAACGGCACAAGUCGUGGUUCACUUGAGCGAAAAUAGUAGGUAAAGUUAGAAAUUAUGCAAUAAUAUUACUCUAGAUUAUAUAUAAAUAACCAGGUGUUUUAUUUGUGCCGACUUAUUUUUCUACCAUUGCUAAUUAUUGGUGCUGUUUAGCCUCGCAAGCUCUGGAACUAUCUAGAAAGAUCCCUCACUUUGCUGCUAAAUUUGUGCUACAGGCUGAUCAUCAAGUCGGCGGACAGCGACACACUUGCUUACACAAAAUACAUAUUUGUAAUGUAGCUGUUAGCUAUUUUGAUUCGCUAAUGUCAGCGCGAAUUAAGUUUUGUUAAAGAAAAAAAAAUGAGCUCAGCAGCUGGUGACAGAAAUCCUGGGACACUACUGGAUAAUGUAAAAGAAGACGUUGGAAGUCCUGUCUGCGCAGAGGAUUGCAGCAAACGGGAUCCCACUAUGUACUUUGGAAAUGGAGAAGUAAAGAGCAGUGCUGUGGUCAAGUACUCUGCCGCUCCCCCCAGCACUUAUGCCCUCCCCGAGGAGAAGACGGACCUGAAGAUGCCUCCUGCCAACUGGCUGAGGGAAAACCCCCAGCUUGGCAGUGCUGUUUUAGGCUCCAGCAGCAAAAGCAAGCCCUUUUCCAGUUUUGGAAUUGCCUAUGACUUCAUUGAUUGUAUUGGAAAUGGUGUUGAUGUGGUGUCAGACUCUGAGAACAUCAAGAAACUGUUGAAGAUUCCCUACAGCAAGUCCCAUGUUAGCAUGGCAGUUCACCGUGUUGGAAGAACGCUGCUUGUAGAUGAGCUGGAUAUUCAGGAGCUUUUUAGAAGAUCCUCUCAGACAGGAGACUGGACAUGGCUCAAAGAGUUUUACCAGCGUCUAAACGAUCAAAAAUGGCAGCGGAAGAAAAAAAGUAAAGAGCACUGGUAUCAAAAAGCCAUCCUGUCGAAGUUCCUCUACUACAGCAUAAAUGGCGAUGGGGCUGCAGAGCCCGUGUUAGACAACAUGAACGAGGGGGACGAUGACAAAAACGCUGAAGAGUGCAGCUCUUCAUGGCCCGCAACUUUUACCAGCCCAUCAGAUGCUCAAGAGUCAGAAAUUCCCGAACAGGAAGGUGUUUCUGCGGACAGAAAGUUUGCUCUGGGCCAGGUGACAUCUGUAUUAAAAGAGCAAAACCUUCCCACCCUCUUCAAUGAAGGGGAGAACAGCCAGGGUUUAAGGAAUGACUUUGUGCGAAACAUCAUGUGGACUUUUGAGGACAUCCACAUGCUGGUUGGAUCCAACAUGCCAAUAUUUGGAGGCGGGCGAUACCCCGCAGUCAGUCUGAAGCUGAGGGAAAGCAAUAAACCGAUCAACAUUCUCACAGGAAUCGACUACUGGCUGGACAACCUGAUGUGCAACGUACCAGAACUGGUUAUGUGUUUUCAUGUCAAUGGCAUCGUUCAGAAAUAUGAAAUGAUUAAAACUGAGGACAUUCCUCACCUGGAGAAUUCCACUUUUUCCACAAGAGUUGUGAAAGACAUCGCCCAGAAUAUUCUCUCCUUCCUGAAGUCCAACUGCACCAAAGAGGGUCACACUUACUGGCUUUUCAAAGCGAGUGGGAGUGACAUUGUGAAGCUUUACGACCUGACCACUCUGUGUGAGGAAGCCGAGGAGGAGAAGUACCAGAAUCCCUUCACUCUUCCUGUCGCAGUGCUGCUCUACAAGGUGGCCAGCAACCUGAUGCUGAAGACGAGGCAAAACAGAAAGCACUACGGCACAGUCAGAACUCUGCUCCUCAACUGUGUCAAACUCCUUGAUCAGGAGAGACAUCCUCAGAUCAUCGCGUCAGCUUACUACAUGCUGUCAGAGCUGUUCCAGCUCAACGAGCCUUCUGAAGGCGAUGGAGGGGAGUCUUUGAGGGCUGGUGGCUUGGAGGACAGCUACAGCGAUGAAGACAGGGAGGAGGAGGAGGAGGAGGAUCUCACCGAGGACAGCGACGAGAACAGCUCCUUCAGUGACGGCUCCAAGCUUCAGGACGAUAGCAAAGCAGUGGCUGUGAUCCGCUCUGUAGGGGAGCUGUCCGUCCCUGAGAAAUACAAAUCCACUCACCAGAUCAGACCAAGUGGAUCCUUCCCCGUCUCUCAAGACAAGGAGGAGCGGUGCAGACACAUCCUGAGCUACGUGCUGAUGGGGUUGAAGGCAGUAGAUGGCAGCAUCAAGAGGGAGAGCGAUCUCCCCGCCGCAGAUCCAAACACACCCAUUCCCCUCAAAUACGAGGACGGCGCCUCGGCCGCAGAGAAAGGCCUUUCCCUCCUGCUUGAAAGAGCAGGGCCUGUGCAGGCAGACCUGAAGCACCCGACACGCUCGGGGAUGAUCCCCGGCUCCUGGCAGCACCACAUGAAGAUGCAGUUGUUCCUCAAAGCCUCCAAGGCCUACUACGUCCUGUCGGACGCCGCCACCAACCUGCUGAAGUACGGCCGAGCCCUGCGCUACAUCAAGCUGUCCAUGCAGUGCUAUGACGCUUACUGUUCAGUGAAUGGAACCCUAAGCCCACGAGUGCUGCAGCUCCACAGUCAGUGCCUGUCUCUGUGCGGCGACAUCCAGCUGAUGCUGGCCCAGAACGCCAACAACCGGGCGGCUUACCUGGAGGAAUACAGCUAUCAGACUAAAGAUGAUCAGGAAAUCCUGCACAGCCUGCACAGAGAGAGCAGCUGCCAGGCAUUCAACAUGGUGACUGACCUGGCCAUGGACCCGGAGUAUCAGCUGUUUGUGAGCAGCAAAUGUUACGAAGCAGCUCACGAUCUGCUCAUCUCUGAGGCCCUGAAAGAGGAAAACUCUGAUCAGCUGCCGCAGCUCCUCAAAAGGCUGGGAAACAUCCGUAAUGAGAUGGGAGUCUUCUACAUGAAUCAAGCUGCGGCCUUGCAAACAGAGAAAGAAAUGAAAAAGCCGGUGUCCACAGCGGAGCAGGAGUUGUGGAAGAAGAGUUUUUCCUUCUUCGAGAAAGGAAUCGGGGACUUUGAGGCCAUCGGGGACAAAACCAACACGGCGCUGUUGCUGUGUAACACGGGCCGGCUGAUGAGAAUCUGCGCUCAGGCCCACUGCACCGUCAUGGCCGACGAGAGCCGAGGAGAGUUCUCUCCAGAGGAGGCGCUUUACUACAACAAGGCUAUUGACUAUUACCUGAGCGCCAUGAGAUCACUGGGGAGCAGAGAGAUCCACCCUGCGGUCUGGGACAGUGUGAACUGGGAGCUGUCCACCACAUAUUUCACUCUGGCUACACUUCUGCAGGACUUUGCUCCGUUAUCCAGAAAGGCCCAGGAGCAGAUUGAGCGAGAAGUGACAGAAGCCAUGAUAAAAUCCCUCAAAUACUGCGACCUGCAGACCGAAUCCGCCCGCCAGCCGCUCUACCAGUACAGAGCGGCCACCAUCCAUCACCGCCUGGCCUCAAUGUACCACAGCUGCUUUCGCAACCAGGUGGGAGAUGAACACUCGAGGAAACAACACCGCAGCCUGGCGGAGCUUCACUACAGCAAAGCCGUGUCUUUGUUCCUCAGCCUCAGAGAGGCUCCCUGUGAGCUGCUCCGCACUUUACUGGAGAGAGUGGCUUUUGCUGAGUUUACCAUGGCAGGUCAGAGCAGCAGCAUGACUAAGCUGAAGAGCUUGACCGGAGCGAUGGAGAUCAUGACCGAAGCGCACCACGCUUUCAGGCUGAUCCAGAAAGAGCUGCUGGAAAAGGAGGAGGAAUCAAGUGAACCUGCUGCUUCUGAAUCCCCAAUCGGUUCUGAUAUGGCCGCCGCGGCGGGACUCGACCUUCCAGAGGUCACCAGGUUAAUCGGCGUGUUUGAGCCGAGUUUCUGUUUCCUGCUGCUGCAGAUCAUCAAACUGAUGACGACAGUGAAGAGGAAACCGAGCAACAAGGACGAGGAGAUGCUAAAAACGUACAAGAACGUUUACUCAAAGCUGCUGCGUGCAGACAAGAGCGCGCCUCUCCUGGACCGCAUCCAGCUCUACAUGGAUCUCCUGCAGCAGCUGACCCCACAAACAGGAAGUGACGGCGCCAAUAAACAGGAAGAAUAAGAACAAAUGCUCCAACAUCAUCAAAUAACGGGGAUAAACUCAGGUGACAAAAAGUUUUUCAAACUAAUUUCACCUCCUACGCCUUUGAAACCAGCGGAAGUUUUAGACAACAGGGUUUGAAAAAUGUCUAUUUUUCUGCAGAGAUUAAAAAAAUUCUUUAUUACACUUUUAUGGGGUUAUACAAGAACUUUUUUUUUCUUUUUCAAUAAUUACAUUUUAACUCUACCAAACAUCUGUUUCUUAAAGAUUAUGGGUUUAUGAUUUAAAAGUUUCAAACAUAAAUGCUGUGACUUCAGUAUCUAACGAUUGCAGACGUGAAUUAACGGCUUUUUUUGUGCAAUAGUUGAGCAACAUUCAAUGCAAACUUGUGAGACGUGUGUGUUUAGGAUGUGUAAAUGUUCAUAUCAGCUUCGUUUGCUGUGAAUUUUCUUCUUUUUUUCAUUUUAUAUGCCUUUUUUUCUUUGUUCUUUUCAUAAAUCUUAAACAAUAAAGACAAAAUUGUUAUAAAA